AUGGCCCCCGCCCGCCGCCCCGCCGGAGCCCGCCUGCUGCUCGUCUACGCGGGCCUACUGGCCGCCACCGCCGCCGGCCUCGGCUCCACGGAGCCUGCGCCCCGGAGACCCCUGGGCCUCAGCGCCCACCCGGACCCCGCACCUCCCCGAGGUCCAGGGCGCACCGGGGGCGGGGGAAGCGCGGCGCCGCCGGCAGGGACCUGGGCUGACUUGGAGCCCAGCACCGAGCGAGCACACGGCAUCGACCCUCAUGACGCCUGGAUGCUCUUCGUCAGGCAGGGUGACAAGGGCGUCAACAGCAAGAGGGGGAGCAGAGGCAAGGCCAAGAAGCUGAAGCUUGGCCUGCCAGGGCCCCCGGGGCCCCCCGGCCCCCAGGGCCCCCCAGGCCCUAUCAUCCCACCAGAGGUACUGCUGAAGGAGUUCCAGCUGCUGCUGAAAGGCGCGGUGCGGCAGCGCGAGCGUGCGGAGCCCGAGCCCUGCACGCGCGGCCCCGCCACGCCGCGCGUCGAGGCCGCCUUCCACUGCCGCCUGCGCCGGGACGCGUCGGUGGAGCGGCGCGCGCUGCACGAGCUCGGCGUCUACUACCUGCCCGACGCCGAGGGUGCCUUCCGCCGCGGCCCGGGCCUGAACCUGACCAGCGGCCAGUACACGGCGCCCGUCGCCGGCUUCUACGCGCUCGCCGCCACGCUGCACGUGGCGCUCGGGGAACAGCCGAGACGGGGGCCGCUGCGCCCCCGGGACCGCCUGCGCCUGCUCAUCUGCAUCCAGUCCCGGUGCCAGCGCAACGCCUCCCUGGAGGCUGUGGUGGGCCUGGAGAGCAGCAGCGAGCUCUUCACCGUCUCGGUAAAUGGCGUGCUGUAUCUGCAGAUGGGGCAGUACACCUCCGUCUUCCUGGACAACGCCAGUGGCUCCUCCCUCACCGUGCGCAGCGGCUCCCACUUCAGCGCUGUCCUCCUUGGUGUGUGAGCGGCCACCCCAGGCCCUUCCUCUUGCCGGGCAAACGGAGCUGGGGUCCGAAGGAUCUCUGGGCAGUGUCGGAGUGGCAAAGGCCACACACAGGAGGAAGUCCGCUGGAAAUGCCCACACUAGCCACCGCAGUUCAGCCCAAAGACGGCCACAACAGGCAGCCCCAGAAGGUGACAUGCAAACCAGCAGUCCCAAAACCCAGAUGAUUCCAGGAUGCCACCUUUUAAAAGGGGAAAAGCCCUCUUGGGCUGUUACUCUGGAAAUGUUUCUAGUUGGGUUUGGUGCACCCAGGAGCACUUGCUUCAUCCCUGACUGCAGACCAGGCCCCCCUGCUGGCCGGUUGGGCAGCUUGCCCAGACAGCCUCAGCUGCUUUGCUAUGGCCGAUCCCCGCCUUUUCCAACUUUCUUAGCAUUCUCGUGGGCUGCCAGGAACACUAGCACAGAGGGGAAAGGCCGGUCAGCCUGCCCGGGUGCCCUGUGUGGAGGGGCAGCCUGUGCAGGCUGCGGGGCUUCCCAGGAAAGCAAGCUGUGUGGCCAGGCUGGCUUGAGCCAGAGCCUUCCCACAGCUCCCCGUGUCCACCUGGGCCCCCUGGUCCACGCCUGCCCCUCCCCCAGCCGUGCCCGUGGCCUGCCCGUGGACCUCAGGGCGCUGCUUGGCCUGCAGUGUCCACAGGACCCAAGGCUCUCGCUGUGGCUCCUUGGCAAAGCAGCCUUGGAAACCAGAGGGAUGCUGGAAAGGGGCUUAUGGGGGGACAGUGAGAAUCUGGGCCCAGCUUCCAGGAGCUGUCUUCACUUCUAAUGUGUGCACGUUAACCUGCAAGUUCACUUUGCAAAUGGCUUUUCCAAAUAGGAGCUGCACUCUUUGCCUCCUCUG